AUGUUUCGCCCUCCAGGACGGCGCAAACGGACGGGAGAGUCCGAGACACCUGUCGAGGGGGAGCCACACAUCUCGGAGCUGCCGGAGAAACUGCGUGUGCGAUCAUGGACGCGCAGUUAUCGUUACAGUAGGCUGUCAGAGCGCACGGGGCGUAAAGUUGUCCCUCCGCUUGUCUCGUUGGUCUCCGCGUCACGCUCCGUGGGGUUUGUUUGUGUUUCCUACCCAAGCCGCAUGAGUUCGCCGCUGUUUUUAGGUCAGCUGGUCGGGGUUCCGCUGGAGAUUAUGCACCCCGCCAUGGAGAAAGACACAACUUACACCAAGAUUUUCGUUGGCGGCCUGCCUUAUCACACCAGCGACGCUUCACUCCGGAAAUAUUUCGAGACUUUUGGGGACAUCGACGAGGCGGUGGUGAUUACGGACAAGCAGACUGGAAAAUCGAGAGGAUAUGGAUUUGUGACCAUGAUGGACCGGGGGGCGGCAGAGCAGGCGUGCAAAGAUGCAAACCCCAUCAUCGAUGGCAGGAAGGCCAACGUGAACCUGGCCUACCUGGGAGCUAAGCCCCGCAGCUCGCAGACAGCUGUUUCAGUCGGAGUUCAGCAAGUCCAUCCUACGUGGGCUCAGAGGCAAUACGGGUUCAUGCAGCAGUACGUGUACCCACAAGCCUUCCUGCAGCCCAGCCUCCUACUGCAGUCCCACCUCAGCCCCUCAGCUGCCGCGCUCAACUCCCCUUACCUGGAAUACAGCUCCGCCUACAGCCCCUAUGUGCCAACCGGACUGGAGCAGUAUCCCUACACCCCCUCGCCAUCACCCUCCACCGGCUACCUCAACUAUAGUUUCUCCCCCAGCACCCCUACGCCCGGUCUUACCACCUCUCCAACCCCUCCAGCAGCCAUCCAUCCUCAGCUGGCUGCUCUCACCGCAGUGUCUGCUACUCCCCAGGCCUUCCUCCACUACCCUCUUCACCAGCCUGACCGCAUGCAGUAAGCAGCCCUGAGCAGGGCACAGCUGCUGACCCGACCACUCAAAACAGUGGGACUUUUCGACUUGUGAAAUCAUCAGGAAAAGACUGGAUCACUGGAGGAGUGUAAUGUUAAUAAAGGGCUUUUUGAAAGUACUCUAAUUCCAUUUUUUUAUAUAUAUUAUUGUUGUAGAAAACGAUCAAUGAUCGUCUGCUAUUGUACUCAGAAUAUGCUCUGAAUGUUUUCAUAACUGAUGGCAGUCAGGGUCUGAGAUUAGACGGCUGGUUGUUCUCGGGAUUUUUCUUUUUCCACUGAGUUUUUAGACCAGAGCACAUGGACAUAGACACUGAAAGAUGUGUCCGUUUGAUGUGAUGCUGCAGCUGAGGUUUCUCCUGAGGAACUGAGCUGAAUGCUGGACUUCAUCCAAGACGAGAGCCAGCUCUUCUCUCUGAAACGCAGGCCCUAUUACCUCCUCUUCAAGGUUACCUGUCUGUCUAUGGCCUUAGAGAUCUCUUUCUGUAUAUGGUCUGUCCAUUUCAUUAGUCUUUCUUGUGAAAUGAACAAAAUGUUUAUUCAACUCCCAUUUGUUCUUUUCAUCUAAUGCUAAAAACGUGUCAUAUGAGGACUAUGACAACAUAUGCAAUGAUGUUAGCAAAGGAUGAACAUUGAUGGGAGAGACAACAGUGGUAUUUUCUUUGUUUGUAUUGGUACUGCUACAGCAUUCCUCAGAGAACAACUCUGCCAACACUUAAAACUAAAUGUUUGUCAUUUCUGUAGCUGCUUUCUAGGCUUUCUUUACCUGCAAAUUCUGGGGCAGGCGUGUCCUUUGGAUUGUCGGUGUGUUAUGCAGUUUCAUAGCUGUUGAUACAUAUCAAGUAAAUGUUCUAGACUGUGUGUGAAGUGCUGUUGUGCGUGUGUGUGACUGUGAGAAAGAAAUAGAUCAAUGCAGUAAAAUUCAGAGUCAAAACUUUUUUUUUUUUCUGUUGUUAUUUUUCCAGCUGCACAAUAUAGUCAGAAGCUUUGCCGACAAUACUGGAGUGUCUUGGUGAUGAGGCAGGGGUUCAAACCUUAGUCGUCUUAAACCAAGCCAUAUGUCACAUGUUAAACUAAAUAUGCAAAAUAAAAGUAAUAUUUCUAAAUGUGAAGCUGUCGUUUUUUCUGAAUCUGGUCAAAUUGAA